CACUCUUCUGCUGGAUGGUGUGUCGUGGUAAAGAUUUAUAUUGAAUCGUGGACUUGGUGUGCAAAAUAUCUAAUCAAAAUACGGCUAGGCAGGCAAUAAGGACCUCACUACGUCAAGAUCCAGAUUGAAAUCGAAUAGUAGCAUCUUAUCAUGCGGUUUAAUGUGUAAUAACUAACUGGCAAAUGUGAAUAAGUUCUAAUUUCGUCAUAGAACUUCAACUGAAUAUACACAAUUAAAUUGAUACCUCAUAAAAAUGGCGAUGACAGCACAGGAAGUACGUCAGAGUUUUCUUGACUUUUUCACGAAGACGAAGGCUCACACUUACGUGCACUCUUCAUCAGUCAUUCCACAUGAUGACCCAACACUGUUAUUCGCCAACGCCGGCAUGAAUCAGUUCAAGCCGAUAUUCCUGGGCACAGUGGACCCGAGCAGCGAGAUGGGCAAGAUGGUGCGCGCGGCGAACACACAGAAGUGCAUCCGCGCAGGCGGCAAACACAACGACCUUGACGAUGUCGGCAAGGAUGUCUAUCACCACACGUUCUUUGAGAUGCUGGGCAACUGGUCGUUCGGCGACUACUUCAAGCGCGAGAUCUGCACGUGGGCCUGGGAGUUGCUCACCGCAGUCUACAAACUGCCCGCCGAUCGACUCUAUGUCACCUACUUCGGGGGCAGCGAAAAGGCCGGCCUCCAACCUGAUCUGGAGGCCAAGCAAAUUUGGCUCGAAUUGGGUGUUGCCGAAUCGCACAUCCUGCCGGGCAACAUGAAGGACAACUUCUGGGAGAUGGGUGAGACGGGGCCGUGUGGCCCCUGCUCGGAGAUCCACUACGACCGCGUGGGCGGCCGCAACGCUGCCUCUCUCGUCAACCAGGACGACCCCGACGUCCUCGAAAUAUGGAACCUCGUCUUCAUACAGUUCAACAGAGAAGCGGAUUCCAGCCUGAAGCUGCUGCCGAAGAAGCAUAUAGACUGCGGCCUUGGACUUGAACGCCUCGUGUCUGUCAUCCAGGGCAAACGCUCCAACUAUGACACCGACCUGUUUCUGCCUCUCUUCGCUGCUAUUCAACAGGGCACAGGAGCACGUGAGUACAGUGGCAAAGUGGGCGCCGAAGACGUGGAUGGCAUGGACAUGGCCUAUCGAGUGUUGGCCGACCACGCUCGCACACUCACCAUUGCACUGGCUGACGGUGGCAUACCCGACAACACUGGACGAGGAUAUGUCCUAAGAAGAAUUCUGAGAAGAGCUGUCCGCUAUGCUACAGAAAAACUUAAUGCCCAGCCUGGUUUCAUGCAUUGUCUGGAUGACGUAUUAAUUUGUUCUUUUCUUUUUUUGCAGAUAGCGAAAGAUCCGCAACGAAUAAUUGAUAUAAUCAAUGAAGAAGAACAGCAAUUCUUGAAAACUCUGAGUAACGGUAGAAACUUGUUGAAUCAGACAUUGGCCAAGAUGGGUGAUGCUAAGGUUCUUCCCGGUGAUGUGGCGUGGCGAUUGUACGAUACUUAUGGGUUUCCACUGGAUCUGACACAGUUGAUGAUGGAAGAGAAAGGCUGUCAAGUUGACAUGCAGGGAUACGAGCAGGCUCGGCUGCAUGCUUUGGCGCUGAGUCAGGGUAAGAGUGCAGGGGCGGCGAGCGGAGUGAGCCUGGAUGUGCACUCCAUUGACGAGCUACAGGCCAAGGGCAUUGCUCCCACUGACGACUCGCCCAAGUACAACUACAAGGCAAAGCCACAAGAUGGAUUCGCUCCUUACGAGUUUGAAGGUUGUGAGGCGAUUGUGAAGGCGAUUCGCGUGGAGAAGCAGUUUGUGUCGAGUGUGGGACCAGACACCGACUGUGGCCUGCUGCUUGAUUGCACCAAUUUCUAUGCGGAGCAGGGUGGCCAACAGUACGAUCAGGGCUUUAUCUUUCCCAUAGGUGGCGGCUCUGUAGAGAUGCGUGUGAACAGCGUAGAGGUGCGCGCCGGCUUUAUACUGCACGUGGGUCGCACGACAGCCGCUGAUGAAGAGUACAGCGGAGACUUGUGCGUGGGCGACAAAGUGUCGCUACGCAUAGACGAGCAGCGACGUCGGCUGAUCAUGUCCAACCACACGGCGACGCAUGCGCUCAACCACACACUGCGCACUGUGCUCGGGCCCGACUGCAACCAGCGCGGGUCGCUGGUGGCGCCCGAUCGCCUCCGGUUCGACUUUGCCAAUCGCAGUGCGCUCUCCAUCGAUCAGGUACAGAAAGUGGAGCAGGAGACGCGAGAGAUGAUUGAUCGCAACGAGGAUGUGUUCGCAGAUGUGGUGCCGCUGGCGAGGGCCAAACCCAUAGUGGGCCUGCGCGCCAUGUUCGACGAGACCUACCCGGACCCGGUGCGAGUGGUCGCCAUUGGAGUGCCCAUCGACGAGCUGGUCGCCGAUCCCAACUCGGGUCGAGGCCUCACCACCUCUGUCGAGUUCUGCGGCGGCACACAUCUUCAUAAAGCUGGGCACAUAGGUGAUUUUGUGAUUGUGAGUGAGGAGGCAAUCGCCAAGGGAAUCAGAAGGAUAGUGGCUCUCACUGGUCCUGAAGCAUCCAAGGCGUUGAAACUAGAAAAAUCUCUGGAAAAAAGAGUUGUCGAGAUUUGCUACGAGUCGAACGAAAACAGCAAAGACACCGUCAAGCAGAUAACCGCAUUGACUGAAGAAAUCUCCCAUGCUCUCAUUUCUAGCUCUAAGAAGGACGAGCUGCGCAGCCGACUAGCGAGUGUGAAACGAGAGCUGGACGAGGCAGAGAAGCGCGCUGCACAGCGAUUGGCUGCAGCCGCAGUCGACCAGGCCAAACAGCUGGCAAACGAAGCAGCCGACGCCAAACGGUUGUUUGUUGUCGCCAAGCUCGACGCCGGGUCUAAUGCCAAG